CUUGAUUUUAGCAGGGUAAAAAUUGGAAGCCAACCAAGCAAAGCAGGCUUGAAAAUUCAAGGGUGCAUCUGUAAAAAGUCCACGAAAAGAAACAUCUAACAAGAAUACAAGGAUCGUCCAUCCCCCGCUGGAGAACCUGCCAGACCCAAAGUCCCAACCAAACGGCCAAUAUCUGUAAUUCUUGGGUGGCGACGCCGGAUUUUGCAGUGCCCGUAAGAGGUGGGGAUCCUUGCCAGCGCACACCGGAGCCGCCUGCCCACCUCCCGCGGUGUCGUGUCCGAUUCUCUUUGUCCCCGCCUCAUCGCCGAUGAGCUGAGCUGAGCCCCGCCGCCGCGCUGGAGUUGGAAUUGGAGGUGGAGUUCCUCCUUGAAGCAUAUCCAAGCUGAUCGGCAUGCAGGGAGGAGCUGCGGCUGCGGACACCAAUGGCAAGGAUGGCGCCAUCAACCCCACUCCCACCCGGCCGCCGCCGCCGCCGCCGGGCAGAGCGGCGCUGCCGCUGAAGCUCCUCCGCCCGCUCCUCCUCCUGGCGGUGCUCGCCACGGGCUUCCUCGCCGUCGUCGUCCUGCUCCUCGGCGGCUCCACCUACUCCGUGCUCCCGCGGCUCUCCGUCCCGGACGCCCUGUCGUCCGCGCCGUCGUCGCGGCAGCGGGCCCAUUCCCAGGCGUGCGCGGGCGACGGCGCGAACUCGCCGCUGGAGCGGUGGGCGCGACCGCCGGCGGGCGCGUGGCACAACAUGACCGACGAGGAGCUCCUGUGGGCGGCGUCGUGGCAGCCGAGGAUCGGGCGGUACCCGUACCGGCGGGUGCCCAAGGUGGCGUUCAUGUUCCUCACGCGCGGUCCUCUGCCGCUCGCGCCGCUCUGGGAGAAGUUCUUCGCAGGCGCCGACAGGGCGCUCUACUCCGUCUACGUGCACGCCACGCCCGGGUACCGCCCCGACUUCCCGCCGGCGUCCGCCUUCUACCGCCGGCAGGUGCCCAGCCAGGUUGCUGCAUGGGGCCAGACGAGCAUGUGCGACGCGGAGCGGCGUCUGCUGGCGAACGCGCUGCUUGACCCCGGCAACGAGCGCUUCGUGCUCGUCUCCGAGUCGUGCGUGCCACUCUACGGCUUCCCCGUCGUGUACCACUACCUCACCCGCUCCCGCCAGAGCUUCGUCGGCGCCUUCGACGACCCUGGCCCGCACGGCCGCGGCCGGUACCGCGCCGGCCUGGCCCCCGAGGUGCGGCCCGACCAGUGGCGCAAGGGCGCGCAGUGGUUCGAGCUCGACCGCGCCCUCGCCGUGGACGUGGUCGCUGACGAGCGCUACUACCCCAAGUUCCGGGAGCACUGCCGCCCGCCGUGCUACGUGGACGAGCACUACCUGCCGACGGUGCUCUCCGUGGAGGCGCCGGGGCGGAUCGCGAACCGCAGCGUGACGUGGGUGGACUGGUCCCGCGGCGGCGCGCACCCGGCCACGUUCGGGGAGGCCGACGUCGGCGAGGCGUUCCUGAAGCGGCUGACGACGCCGGGGAAGGAGCAGGGGACGUGCACCUACAACGGCCAGCCGGCGGAUGUGUGCUUCCUGUUCGCCAGGAAGUUCGCGCCCAGCACGCUGAAGCCGCUGCUCACCCUCGCGCCAAAGAUGCUCGGAUACGGCUAAGUUUCGCUCACCAUCACCAACCUAGCUACCUCAGCUGAUGGAUGAUCACGUCAUUUGUUGCUUGUUAGUACAACUUACACAUCACUAUUCACUCACUAAUGGUGGUAUACAUGUAUACAUACUCUGCUCAAUGAUCAUCGAUGUAUAGAUACAAGAGCUUCAUCACUUACACGCACAUGAACAUUAACUUUUUUUUCCAGCUCAUCAAUGAGAUUAAAGGAGUACUAACGUUUUACCA